CUAAUCCAACCCUUUCUCACGCGAUCGAAUCUGGGUGCUCGUCUCCUCCACACUAUCUUGCUCGCGCGGCUGUGGCGACAACUGCAUCAGUGCCACCGGCUCCUCUGACAGUUCCGUGGGAGCAACAGCAGUGGCGAAGGUCUCCGGCGACAACCAGCAUCCUCGCAUGGCGUUGGACGCUGCGCCGGCGGCGGCGUUGGAAAGAUGUGGGAGGGGGUUUCAUUCCUUUCAAGUUCUCUUGGUCUAUCUCUUUUCAAACCGUUCUCACUCCCUCGUGGCUUCUCGUUUCUUUUACUCUUCCUUUCAAACUGUUCGGAGCUAUCCGUGAGUAACUCAGCUAAGAUGUUGGUUUCCCAGGACCUGCUGACAUAUUCGAGUUUGACAGCCUCAAGUAAUGUUUGAGUGCAUGAAGGUGCCAGGCCACAAAUUUCUGCCAAUUUUCUUCAACAUCCAUCUGUCUAAAGUGAAGACAUGGCUAGCUACAUUUCAGACACUACUGGAACGCCCAGAUUUGGUCGUACAAAACUUGGAAGAUCAAAGACGAGUUAUUGGCAAAAUAGUUGUGGAGGCAAAGAGAAGUUUGGUUGAAGAAAAAGAGAUGUAAGUUACAUUCUGUCAAGAUCUUUAUAGUUUGUUGGGUAUGGAAUAUUAUUGUUCUGAUAAACUUCUGUCUUUGUUCAUGCUUAAAUCGAUCAAAAAGCUCUUAUUUAUGUUUUCAAGACGAGUUAUAGAACAAAGGAAACAGGCAACUUAUAAAUUAACAAUGCAAGACUGUUUGGCAAUGCUAGGUGUAAGACUUCCUUAUGUCAUUUUGGUUUUGUUUUAAGGAGCAAGAGUUUUCCUCUUGUUUUGCAUUUGAAACUAUCCAACCAUCUUCUGUGAGUGCUAAUCCUUAUAUCACACAAAGUUUUAGGAAGCAAGUCGGGUUCAAUGUUACUACUAAACUAUGGUUUCAGAUUUGCAAUGGAUGUCCAAAGAAGUGUACGGUCAUCAAACAAGGGGGUAUGGCCAUGGAGCUGUGAUGUGUUUGUAUUGAACUUCAUAACAGAGGACAAUUGCUCAUUUGUUGAAGACUUUCGUAAUGCUCUAUAUAGAAAUGGUGUAGUUAUGGCUUUACGAGAUUCUAUUGCUUAAGCUCCCAUGGACAAAUACAAGCUUUAUGUUUUUAUCAUCUCAAGAAACUAUGAGGCCCAAACACACUACUUGCAGGAACUGAACUCAGAGGAAUGUGUAUUUCUGCCAAUUUUUUUGGAAGUGGAUCCCUUCCAAAUACGGAGUAGCAGUUUUAUUGAACUGGAACAAAAGUUGGAGCUAUGUUCACUUCCAAUAAACGAUUGGUGGUUAAAGAUAAGAGAGAUCAGCCUCGGGUUAUUGGUAAUAUUGUUGAUAAAUCUCUUGACAUUUUGUGGAAAAAGCGUGGCCUGAUAUCAUUGCUAAACCAUCUCGAACCACUUGCAAAGGAAAUAGAUAAAUCAGGAGAAAUAGCUACAGUCGGGAUAGGAUAUCGCCAUGUACAAAAACUAAUUGAGCUUCUGGACAUUGGUUCAAAGGUUGAUGUGCGAGCUGUAGGGAUUAGUGGGAUGGGGGGAGUAGGGAAGACAGCUCUUGCUGGAGAUGUGUUUAACAAAAUCUCCCACCUUUUUGAUUCUGCCUAUUUCAUCUCCAGUCCAAAUACCAGUCAAUUUGACUGCCCUAAUCAAUACAUGUUAAAAGAGGCAUUUCUGCGGAUAGCAUUCCCAGAACAAUUUGAACCUGAAUAUUCUGAAAGCCUAAGACUCUAUAGAAUGCUUGUUGUUUUUGAUGAUGUAGGUUACUGCAAACAUUUUUGUAAAGGAUGGAUUAGAGGGUUGUUUGGAGGAGGAAGUAGAAUUAUCAUAACAGGCAGAGAUGAGGGACUCCUUAGAGAGCUUGGAGUUGAUGAAAUUCACAAGGUGGAACUAUUGAAUCAAAAUGAAGCUCUUCGGCUUUUCUGCAAAAUUGUUUUCAGAAGUGAUGAACCAAUGAGAGGUUAUGAGGAGCUGACCGUUGAUGCACUUAGAUAUGUCGAUGGCCUUCCAUUAGCUAUUAAAUCAGUCGGUUCAUCGUUGGUUGGUCUAAGUGUCUCAAAGUGGAAAAGUGUGUUGACCAAACUGCAACGGUUCCUGACUUUUCAGUACUCCUGGAACUUAAGAAAAGUUUUGAUGGACUCACUUAUGAGCAGAAGAAUGCUUUCUUGGAUAUUGCAUGUUGUUUUGCAGGACAAAAGAUUGAUUACAUCAAGGGAAUUUUACGCACUCGAUAUUUUGAUUAUAUUGUUGAGACAAUAGUCAGAAGUCUUACGGAUAAGUCAUUGAUAAUCAUAUCAAAUCAAAGAAUAAAAAUACAUUCUCUCCUACAACAAUUGGCAAAAGUAAUUGUUCAACGUGAAUCUUCUCAGCCUGGAAGGCGGAGUAGGAUAUGGAAUUAUGAAGAUUUUCGUCAUGUCAUGGAGACAAACACUGGAACUAAUCGUGUUGAAGUUAUAGUACUCUCAAAUGAAGAACCUCCACAAGGGACGACAUUGAACAUUGAAGGUUUAUCAAAAAUGAGGAGACUUAGAAUCCUUGUAUUUCACAAUGUGAAAUUUUCAGGAAGUCUCUAUGAUCUUUCCAGCGAAUUGAGAUAUAUUCUUGGCAGAAAUAUCCAUUUAAUUAUUUGCCAUCAAAUUUUAUUCCAAAAGAUCUUGUGGAAUUGAUCAUGCCAAAUAGCAACAUGACACAAACUAUGGAGAGACCAAGAGUUCAGAAUUCCAUUGCUAACAAGCUUGAACCUCUGUGGCUCUAAAGAUCUGAAGAAGAUAUCUGAUUUUAGAUUGCUUCCAUGUCUUGAGAAGUUAGACUUGGAAGGAUUGUACUUCAUUACGGCAGCUUCAUCCUUCUAUUGCGUCUCUUCAAAAGCUCGAGCUUUUGAAUUUGAGAAACUGCACAGAUCUAGAUAGUAUUCCAAAUGAAUUAUUUGGCAAAAGCUCUCUUGAAUUUUUAAAUCUGGCUGGCUGCUCUAAAUUUG